AAACCAGAGAGUCAACAAAGCUUCUACUUCAAGAAAAGUCUCAAUCUCAACAGUUGUCUCAGAGCCACCUUAGAAGAAACAUCUUACUGCCUUGCCGGAUUAAAACACCAACUUAUUGCAAACAAAUAAAAAGAUGUCAGCAUAUAAGCUGUCGCAGUUUGUUUUGAUUUUCUUCAUUCUAAACCCGUUUGUGAGAGCCCAAAAUUGCCAAUCAAAUGGAAUCGAUGAUAGUGUAACUUGUUCUAAUCUAGCCUCACUGGCUGAUCUAUCUAAAGAAAUGACACCUCAAUGGAAAGAUGUUACAAUUGUAAAUAAAGUUGGGGAUUCUUUCUUUGUUCGAGAACAUGAAGCCAAAUACCUGAAUGUGAUUGAAAGGCUCAAUCUUUCUCGUGCUGGUAACAUAAUUGCUUCCGAUCAUGGAUGGAAAGAUCUAACUUCGUUGCAGAGUUUAAAUAUAUCUGGCACGCAAUUGGCUACUCUUAAAGUUAGUUAUUUUAAUCCACGAAGCACACUUUUGUUUCUAGAUGCCAGUGAUAACCAGUUUAACGUGCUCGAACGUUCCAUGUUGGAGAACUUGUCAAAUAUACGGUCGCUGAAUUUCUCUCACAAUAAUUUGGAAACAGUGCAACCAAAUGCAUUUCAAACACUCUUGCAACUUGAAUAUUUGAAUUUAAACUAUAAUCUUCUGAAGACAAUAUUUUUUGGCGAGAUCCCGAAACUGGAGUUUUUAUCGAUCAACGAGAACUUACUUGAUGUGCUUCCAUCAAACAGUUUUUCAAAGCUAGCUCAGCUUAAGACCCUUAACAUUAUAUCAAACCCUUUGAAAAAUAUUGAAGAUCGCGCAUUUCAAGGCUUGUCUAACUUGAAGCUUUUGAAUUUGUCCUACAACAGCAUUGAAUCUCUAGCCGCAAAUGUUUUCAUGGGACUUAACCGGGUUAAGCUAAUGCAUUUGGACUUGAGUCAGAACAAUAUCGGUGGCCUUUCUGGACAACCGUUUCAACAUUUGAGUCUUCUUCAAAAUCUCUAUAUCUUUGGUAACUCAAUUAGGGUUCUUGACUCCACUUCAUUUUCUGGCCUUCGAUCUCUAAGGAAGCUUUUUCUGUCGAAUAACAACAUUGCCGAAAUUGGAGAGGAUACAUUUUCAUCUUUGCUGAGCUUGGACACACUCGACUUGGGUGGAAACAAUUUGAUAAAUUUGAACAAAAAUGUUUUCGCAGAAUCCAUGCCAAGACUAAGAAAACUCCUGCUUAAUCGAAAUAAUCUCAAGACAUUACCUCAUGACACGUUUUCUGGUCUCCCAAGUAUCGAUUAUCUAAGCUUAGGGCAUAAUUCUCAUGAUAAAUUGGAUCUUCGAAUGUUUGCACCUUUGAAAAAACUGAAAAAGCUACACCUUGGCAAUAAUUAUAUUGAAGAAAUUCCUGCUGAUGUCUUAGAAGGUUUCAAUGAUCUAACCGAGUUACUUAUCGAUCACAAUAAAUUGACAUUUUUACCAGAAGUUAAUGCAACUUUUCCAUUUCUCAAAAAGAUCUCUAUCGAAGGAAAUCCAUGGCAGUGUCCGUGUCUUGAUUGGAUUGUUGGAUUCUUAGAAGCAAGACAUAUAGAAUAUCAGCGUAAUAAUGGAUAUUUUGAUGGAAGAAAACCACUUUGUGUGGUAACACCAGUCAAGGGUUGUGUUCGAAACUUGAGAAUUGUUCAGGAAUAUGGUGUUUCGGAUAUAUACGAGAAAAUGGUUGGUUCAUCUGAAGAUGAGGAAGAAGAUAGCAAUAUUUAAUAAGUGACUAUGUUUAUAUAAAAGCUCAAUAAUAUAUAGAGACUGAUAAUAAGCCAUAUAUUUUGGAUUAAUAAUUUUAUAUUUAUAUUUUUUUAAUAAAAACAAAACAUAUUGAAAGUUUCUGCGAUAACAAUCUAUUUUUAAACGAA